AUGCUUUUGGCAUCUCUGAGUGCUGAGUACAGCAAGCCCAGUGGGACGCUCAGCUGCCUGCCAUACCCUGCAGAGGAGAGACGUCCUGAAAAGCUGAGCAGCUGCGUGGUCAGAGAGACCUCCACCACCAAUGGCUGUGCGAAAGGGAGGGAGAGACGAGACCAUGCACACCGCAGGUCACGCAGCCCUUCAUGUGACGGGGAGCGGCCGCUGCCCACUCGAGGGAAGAAGAAGAAGAAGAAAUCUGGCCGCAAGAAGCGCAGGAGGUCUCCCUCCUACAGCCCCUCACCUGUGAAGAAGAAGAAGAAGAAAAGCUCCAAGAAGCGAAAAAGAAACAGGUUAUCAUCAAAGAAGAGAAGACAUAGCUCUCGUGGGCGCACCCGGAAAUCUCAUCGCCAUCGCCACUGCCACUCUCGCUCGGAGAGCUCCGACUCCCACUCCCCCAGCUGCCACAGCAGGCACAGAGCCAGGUCUCGGGAGGAAGGGCGGAAAACACGGCGAAGACACUCCCGGCACCACUCAAAGAUCACAGCAAAGCGAAGCUCCUCUUCAGAGGUUCAGGCCAGCCAAAAAGCCAGCCAAACCCUCCCACUCUACAGCUUCCUGUCUCCUAAGGAAGUAAUCUCUCAGUCAGGGUCUUCUGCUGACCUCUUUACCAAAACAGACAGCCCGCCUGGCAACAUAGCCAGCCAGAACGGAGAGUAUCAUGAAUAUGACUCAGGAAACGAUACUUCCUCCCCUCCCUCCACUCAAACGAGCUCAUCCAGGUCAAAGGACAGCCAGGAGAAAAGAAGUCUAGUCCAUGAUGGCUUUGGCCAUGCCUUCUCGUCCGGGAAGCCCAAACUGGCCAACAGCGAUAACAGCUCUGAUUCAGGAAAUUCCUUCACCAGUUGCUUUUCCCAGACCAAGGGAACAGCUUUGGAAAAUCUGUCUCCAGAUGCCCAGGGACAAGACCGAAGAGGAUGCCUGUCCUUCUGUCUCAGUUGUUCGGAGGAGAAGAAGCAAAACUCCCUUCCAUCCCCAACCCACAGCUCUCCGCUCAGGCCAUGCUCCCGCAGCGAGUCCUACACCAGCACGGGCAGAUCCUCCCCUGGCUCCAGCCGCUCCCGCUCCUCGCACCACAAGGCCUCUCCCAGAUCCUCCAGAAGCAGGUCCUGCUCUUCGGGAAAGAGGUCUUCCUCACAUUCCCCCAGCUAUUCCUCCAAAUCCUGCAAAAAAAGUCCUGGGAGUAGGAGUUCAAGGCCUCGUCGGAGCCCCAGUUACUCCCGUUACAGUCGUAGCAGGGACCGUGAGCGAGAGCACAAGUACAGCUCGAGUGAGAAGGAGUCGCACAGGGAGCGUGAGCGGCAGCGGCGGCGCCGCUCCUAUUCACCCCUGAGGAAACGCCGGAGAGACUCUCCCAGCCACCUCGAAGCUCGGCGCAUCACAAG